UCUCACCUCUGGCAGGACACACUACCAAGCAACGAGCAGGCAAAGGGUCCAACAACGUGCUACGAGAUGCAUUCUUUGGUCCUUUUCCUCUCUGCUUCCUGCUUGCCUCCUGUUUGGCUGAUGGACCAGAAGGCUCUGGAUGAAUUUGUGAACCUUCCUGACCCUCACUAUGAAUAUACCCUCCUGACGUCAAAGCUGCAGCCCUUCCAUUACUUUGAUACCAUCAAUAUGACCUCCCAGAAGUGGCUGGAUGAAUCUGAAGUGGACAAACCAUACUGGAGCCAUGAACUGACAAUUCUUAUACCCAUAAAAAUGGCAAUUACAACCUCAUGUCUCCUUAUACUCCAACUUGAUCGAAAUGAAACUUCACCUCCAAGUCAUCCUUUCAACAAGUUUUAUGCUCUCAUAGCAAUGCUGCAAUCAAGAUCGAUCGUAGCUGUGCUGAAUCCAUUUCCUUCCCAACCACUCACCUUCUAUGAUCAUCCUUUAGGAUACAAGAACAUCACCGGAUAUGAUGCAGUUGCAUAUUCAUGGUGGAGGUUUAUGAAUGACCCAACUGCACCUCCACACUGGCUUGUGCAAUUCCCGAUGGUCAAGGCCACAGUGAGAGCCAUGGACACUAUAACAGAGUAUAUGAAGAACAAACAUCAUAAACCCAUUGAAAGAUUUACACUGACGGGCAUUUCGUUGGGUGGCUGGAUCUCCUGGCUGACGGCUGCUGUUGAUAAGAGGGUUGAAGGAAUUGUACCCGUUGCCAUGGAUUUCCUGAAUUUCACUGAGAGUUUCCACCACCAAUACCGAGCAUAUUGCGGCUGGUCUUAUAUGCUGAAACCCUUCUAUGAGAUGAAUAUAACACAAGAGUUGGAUAAUCCCCGUUUCAGUGAUCUGGCUCGUCUUGUGGACCCCCUGGCCUAUAAUGAGCGAUACGCAGACACAGCCAAAGACAUAAUCAUUUAUUCAGGGGAUGAGUUCUUCCCGCCUGACAACUCACGUUAUUACUUUUCUCAACUGGAAGGUACAAAAUAUCUUCAAAUCUUGCCAAACUAUGAUUAUGUGUUUCAAGAAGAAAAACCACUCAUAUUUUUCAUCUUUCCCUUCUACGUCAAAUUGACAAACACCAGUGGGACUAUCAUUCUACGUGCCUACAAUGUCUACAGAGUCUAUUCUUAUCAUGCUGACACAGUUGGGGGUACCAGGCGAGACUUCAGGAUGGAGAUAGCAGCUGGCAACUCUUCUAAAAACAACCCUGUAAAAUGGAUCCAGACUGAAUUGAGGGAAACAGAAAGAGAUGUUUAUAGGAAAGAAAUGUCAAUGCCAGCAAAAGGAUGGAGAGCUUUCUUCAUUCAGGUUGUGUACCCUACAAAGAUGAUUGUAACGUCAGAAAUGCUCAUCAUGCCGGACACUUUCCCAUGCUCUGACUGCAAUGGAGAUGGAUGCCGCGGUACACUGGUCUGA